AUGAUACUAAAUGAUACCUGUCCCAAAGCAUUAAUAUUCGGACGUGAGGAAAUGAUCCUGACAAUCGGCGUAUUAGUCGCACAAGAAAUAUUUCAGAAAAGUCUUCCCGUCUUACAGGUUCCUAUAUCCUCUUAUGAGCAGCUGUUACAGCAUAACCGGACACAGAUUCAUAUCACCGAGAAUAAGAUCCAUCUAGACCAGUCUGAUGAAAUGAUCAACAAGACAAUUCUCGAUAGUUCAUCAGUUGCGACUCCGUCGUUUGAUUCUCAUCUUCCUGCACCACAUUUAACACCAUUCGACCACGAGCUCUUAAGCGGAUCCCACGGCAAAGCAGCCAAAAUAGCAAUGAGAGUGAUUCUCCAAACAGCCCAAAUACAAGGCGUAACUGAACUAAUAGAUGUGAAACAAGCACACAUCGACUGCUGCAUCUACACAGGGCCCGCAACACUGAAAUUCGCGCAACAGCUAUGCUCAUGGGGCGCAAAACUAAGAAUCCCCACAUCUCUGAACUCCAUAUCCGUCGAUAGAAGACUAUGGCGCUCACAAGGUGUUGACAAAGAUCUCGGCGAGCCCUCGGAAGCCCUAGCACAAGCAUACCUAGAUAUGGGCGCGCAGCCUACAUUCACCUGCGCUCCAUAUCUACUUGAGACAGCGCCUCAACCUGGUGAACACAUUACAUGGGCUGAAUCUAACGCAGUCGUGUUCGCCAAUAGUAUACUUGGGGCGAGAACGAUUAAGUGCCCUGAUUUUCUCGAUGUAUGCGUUGCGUUGACGGGGCGGGCAUUGAAUACGGGCUGUCAUUUGACGGAAUACCGCAAAGCGAGUGUACAAAUACAUGUUGAGGAUAUGGAUGAUGCCGAUGACUCUCUAUUUCCAAUUGUGGGAUACAUUGCUGGGGAUAUUGCGGCUGAUCGGAUACCUAUUAUUACCGGUCUAGAGAAGAAGCAAGCGAGUACCGAAGACCUAAAAGCAUUUGGAGCUGCCUUUGCCACAACAUCAAGUGCGCCGAUGUUUCAUAUUGCGGGUAUCACAUUAGAGGCAUCCAGUGCGGAAGAGAUAAAGAUGCAGACGAAAGACACGGCACAGGCUUCGAUCAAAAGAUCCGAUCUAGCGAAACAAUGGCUUCAAUUCAACAAAUACGAGAACCAUGAACCUCACACGAACAUCGAUCUUGUAUCCCUUGGAAACCCUCAUUUCUCAUAUAUCGAGAUCAAAAAGCUUGUUUCCCUUUGCAGUGGUCGCCAGAAAAACGAUACAGUUACAUUCGUAAUAACAUGUAAUCGUGACACAUACUCCAAAGCAAGUAGGGAAGGGUAUAUCUCUGCGUUGGAGGGCUUUGGGGCUCAGAUUCUCACAGAUACAUGCUGGUGCAUGAUUCAAGAGCCUAUAGUUCCAUUUCACUCAAAGGUUAUUAUGACGAAUUCUGCAAAAUAUGCUCAUUACGGUAAGGGUUUGACUGGUCGGAAAAUGCGGUUCGGGGGACUAAGGCAGUGUGUCGAUGCUGCUUGCGUGGGACAGGUGAUGAAUUCUGUUCCUGGUUGGCUUAAAACUUGA